AUGGAGCUCCCCUCAGCAUCUCACUGCAAAUGUCACAUCCCAUGGCAGGGGCUCCUGCUCACAGUUUCACUUUUAACCUUCUGGAUCCCACCCCACACUGCUCAACUCACUGUUGAAUCAGUGCCCUUCAAUGCUGCUGAAGCGCAGGAUGUUCUUCUACUUGUCCACAACCUGCCAGAGAAUCUUCUAGUCUAUCACUGGUAUAAAGGGCAAGGAGUGCUCAGCGACCAACUUAUUAUAUCGUAUGUUAUACAUACUGAAAUAAAUAUCUCAGGGCCUGCAUACAGCGGUCGAGAGAGAGUAUUUCCCAAUGGAUCCCUACUGUUGCAGAAUGUCACUGUGGAGGACACAGGAUACUACACACUACAAACCACAGAUGCAUAUCUCAGCACUGAGCAAGCAUCCGGACAGUUCCAUGUAUACGGUGGUGGUGCACUGCCUGAUGAGCUUUUGGACUGGAAAUGGGUGAUCCUGGGCCCAAGGUCAGUCAGGCAGUCACCUGGUCAGCAACAAACCCAGAGAGGCAACNAGAGCCUCCAGCUCAGUUCCAGGCUAGAUCUGUCCCCGGACAACAGGACUCUCACUUUACUUAGUGUCAUGAGGAAUGACACAGGGCCCUAUGAAUGUGGAACCCAGAACCCAGUGAGCACUGGCCGCAGUGACCCAGUCACCCUGAAUAUUUCCUACUCAUCUUACCGUCCAGGAGCAAACCUCAGCCUCUUCUGCUACGCGGCCUCUAACCCACCCGCACAGUAU